GACGUAGAACGAGAGCGACGCGCGGCGCGGCGGGGGCGGCAUGUGGCGGCCGCUGGCCGCGCUCGCCGCCCGCGGGGCCAGCGGAGCCCGCGGCGGGGCCGGCAACAGCCCCGGGGCCCGCUCCGCCUCCGGGCCGCCCGCGCGGGACCGGCCGCUGCUGCUGCUGCUGCUCUCGCUGCUCGCCCGCCGCGGCGGCUGCGGGAGGGCGCCGCGGGCCUGGGGACACCGGGGCAUCGCCAGCGGGACCGGGAGAGGAGCCGGGACCGGGAGAGGAGGCGGACGAGGAACCGCGAGCGGCACCGGCACCGGCACCGGGAAAAGAAGCGGGAGCGGCAGCGGGAGCGGCCCCGGGAGCGGCGGCUCCUCCGGGCGGGGCCGCUGGGGAGCGCCCCGGGGCCGGCUGAUGGCCGCGCUCGGCCCCGCGGCCUUCGUGUGGGACGGACAGCGCAUCGAGGAGGAGGAGCUGCGGCGGUCGGCGCAGGAGCUGCAGCGCUUGGAGAAUCCCGAGGAAUUCCGGGAGCAGGAGCGGCCCUGGGAGCUGAUCAUGGAACGGGAGCACUUCCGGCUCUGGCGCCGCCCCAUCCCGGGAUCCGCCCUGUUCCAGUACCGAGUUUUCGGCUCCUACACGGACGUCACUCCCAGGCAAUUCUUCAACGUCCAGCUGGACACGGAGUACCGGAAGAAGUGGGACUCUCUGGUGCUCAAACUGGACGUGGUGGAGAGAGACCCGGCCACGGGCUCGGAGAUCGUGCACUGGGUGACGCAAUUCCCGUACCCGAUGUAUUCCCGGGAUUACGUUUACGUGCGGCGCUACAGCGCGGACAGCGACCGCAACCUCAUGGUGCUCGUCUCACGGGCCGUGGAACAUCCCGGAAUUCCGGAGGAUCCCGAGCACGUCCGGGUUCGGAGCUACGAGUCCCACAUGGUGAUCAGACCCCACCGCAGCUUCGACGAGAACGGCUUCGAUUACCUGCUGGAUUUCUGGGAAUGUUGGGAAUUUUUUGGGAUUUUUUUGGGGGAAUUUUUUGGGAAUUAUUUGGGAAUUUUUGGGGGGAAUUUUUCGGGGAAUUUUUUAGAAAUUUUUUUGGGGAAUUUUUUUAGGGAAAUUUUGGGAAUUUUUUUUUUGGGAAUUUAGGGAAUUUUUUGGGGAACUUUUUGGGGAAUGUUUUUAGGAAUUUUUUGGGGAAUUUUUUUGGGAAUUUUUUUGGGAAUUCCGUCUUUUCCAGAACGGCUUCGAUUACCUGCAGGAUUUCUGGGAAUGUUGGGAAUUUUUUGGGGAACUUUUUGGGGAAUGUUGUUAGGAAUUUUUUGGGGAAUUUUUUUGGGAAUUUUUUUGGGAAUUCCGUCUUUUCCAGAACGGCUUCGAUUACCUGCUGGAUUUCUGGGAAUGUUGGGAAUUUUUUGGGGAACUUUUUGGGGAAUGUUUUUAGGAAUUUUUUGGGGAAUUUUUUUGGGAAUUUUUUUGGGAAUUCCGUCUUUUCCAGAACGGCUUCGAUUACCUGCUGGAUUUCUGGGAAUGUUGGGAAUCUUUUGGGGAUUGUUUUUUAGGAAUUUUUUGGGGAAUUUUUUUGGGAAUUUUUUUGGGAAUUCCGUCUUUUCCAGAACGGCUUCGAUUACCUGCUGGAUUUCUGGGAAUGUUGGGAAUUUUUUGGGGAUUGUUUUUUAGGAAUAUUUUAGGAAUUUUUUAGGGAAUUUUUUUGGGGAAUUUUUUUAGGGAAUUUUUUUGGGGAAUUUUUUUGGGAAUUUAGGGAAUUUUUUGGGGGAUUGUUUUUUAGGAAUUUUUUGGGAAUUUUUUUGGGAAUUCCGUCUUUUCCAGAACGGCUUCGAUUACCUGCUCACCU